CUCAGAAAAAUGGAAUGGACAAGAGGCCAUACCCUUGGCCGAGGCUGCUCCGGCACCGUGUCCAUCGCCACAGCCAACAAAUCCGGUGAGAUUUUUGCCGUCAAGUCCGUCGAGCUAUCCUUAUACAAGUUCUGGCAAAGAGAGACCAAAAUUCUUUCUUCUUUGAGCAGUCCUCAAAUAGUUGGCUACAAGGGACAGGACAUUACAAUGGAGAGCAAUAAGCUUAUGUACAAUCUUUUCAUGGAAUACAUGCCCCGUGGCUCGCUUACCGAUCUAAUUCACGAGCGUGGAGGCCGGCUCGACGAAUCGAUGAUCGGAUACUACAUAAGCCAAAUUGUACAAGGGCUAGAGUACCUUCAUUCAAGUGGUAUCGUACAUUGUGACAUUAAAGGCAGGAACAUACUAAUUGGCCAAAGUGGUGCCAAAAUUGCUGACUUGGGUUGUGCCAAGUGGGUUAACCCGGUAGGCGGAACCGGUGAUCAUGAGGCUGCCGGAGUGCCAAUUGGCGGCACACCGAUGUUUAUGGCGCCGGAAGUGGCACGUGGGGAAGAGCAGGGGUACCCAGCUGAUAUAUGGGCACUUGGGUGUACAAUUAUUGAAAUGGCCACUGGUGGAUCACCGUGGCCUAAUGUUACAAACCCAGUUUCAGUACUUUACAGAAUUGCAUUUUCCGGCGAAUCGCCGGAGAUUCCAGAGUUUCUCUCCGACCAAGCAAAGGAUUUCUUAAACCUGUGCCUCAGGAGAGACCCGAAAGAGCGUUGGACCGCCAAACAACUCCUCAAACACCCAUUUAUUGAAGACCUCAAUCCUCAUGAAAAACAGAGUCAGAAUUUUGAUACAAGUUCUCCAACAAGUGUUCUUGAUCAGGGGUUUUGGAACUCAAUGGAGGAAUCAGAAACUCUUGGUGAUAUUGUACAAAAGAAUUCGUCGAAUUCUCCGGUGGAUAGGAUCAGACGGUUGUCAUUGAAUCCAAGAGUAUCAAACAGGACAUGGGGUGAGAACUGGAUCACAGUAAGAAGCAAUGAAUAUGAGCUGGGAGAUGACAAAGUUAAUGCUGAUUUUGGGUCAAUGACAGCUUUGAUCAGUGAUGAUAUGAACCUAGAAAGAACUGUUGGUGGUGAGGAUUUAAUGAAUUUCUUAGAUACCAAUAUUAGUUGUAGUAAAAGCAGUAGUGAUAUUUUAAUGGGGUGCACAUGUAUAGAUGGUGCUGUACUGACGGGGUUAAAUUUUCAGAGACACAGAGACAAAUUGGUACUAAAUGAAUCACAGUUACAGUAG